CGACGCGACGGACGCGCGCGCUGGAACGGAAUUAUUUGAUUUUUGUCGCGUGCUCGUGUGUAUAUUUACAUUUUUUUGCUCAAAACGAUAUAUACACUCGGACGUUGGAGAGAGAGAGAGAGAGAGAGAGAGAGAGAGAGAGAGAGAGAGAGUUCAGAGUGCGAAAAGUGCAGGCAGCACAAGCCGAGAGAAAUGAAUGUACCUAACCUCCGAUGUUCCUAACCUCUCAUUUUCCGCACUUUUUCCGCUCUUCUCUCGCGGUUUAUUAAUUAUGUCAAUGCGCACCGCCGUCGUUUUCCCGCUGUAAAUUUUCGUCCUCGCAUAUGUGUUCUACACUCGUUACUCUCGCCCUAAGAUUUAGCUCGAUCUGUCAACGUAAACAUUAUAUGACCCAUGUAUGGCGAUCACGAGACCCGAGCGCUCGUUAUACCGCUCCGGACAGUCCGAACGCGUGGGUCGGCCCAUCGCGAGAUUAUGUAUACGCUCAUUAGAUAAUCCUGGCUCGUCAUGACGAACGAGGACACCGUGUGGAGCGAACUGGCAGGCAUCCCCGCCGAUCCCCCCGAGACAAGGGACAAGUGUCAACAAUGCAGGAGGCCCGUACAGGUGUGCUGGUGCCCGGGUUUGCCGAAGCAGCGUUUCAACCCGGCGUCGCGGAUAAUAAUCCUUCAGCAUCCGGCGGAGGCGAAGCGCUGCUUGCGAACAGUACCGAUGCUCGCGCUGGCGUUAGAGUCGGGAAAGUGCCUAAUUUUCAGGGGAAAGAAGUUUCCACUGCCCAAACACGAAGGACUGGCAGAGAUAUUAAAUGACAGGAAUACUAUUUUGUUAUAUCCAUCGCCUGGUGCCGUGGCACUGGACACCCUGGAUCCAGUCGGGAUUAACGAACAAAAGGCGUAUAACUUGGUUCUGCUGGAUGGAACGUGGCCGCAAGCGAAAGCGAUAUAUCACUCGAGUCCGGCUCUGUAUUUUCUGCGAGCGUGCAAGCUGAUCGGCGUGCCCACUAGCGAAUACGUGAUCAGAACGCAGCCGACGGAAGGCUGUCUCUCGACGCUGGAGACGGGCGCAAGUGCGCUCUCAAUUCUGGAGGGCGAUCCCGAACUGAGGGAGAAGAUGCUGGGUCCGCUACAUUAUUUAUGCAAGUUUCAAUUAGAAAAUGGUGCGGUAACACAUCAGAGCAAGGAAUUUCUUAUCAAACAGAAAGCUUAUCCCAAAUUAAUUGGCAAAAGACUCGCCAAACAAUUACGUAUAUUGCCAGACAGUACCUCGUAACAUUAAGAUAUAAUUGAAAAUUAGAUAGGGAAAAGGGGAAAAGGUAUAGGUAAAAAAAUAUAUGUGAAAAUCAUUUAUGAACUUUAUAUAAAGAGCGUUGUGUGAUAUGGAAACGAAAAAGAAUUUACUCUGCGUAAAGUGUUAGCACGAGUUUUGAUAAAUUUUCUGCUUACAAUUAUAGGCCGGUAUUCAUUUUGUUGGUUUUUAUAUUUGAGACCAUCUUAAGUACUACAGUUUUUAAAAUAUCAAAAUAUCACAAGUCAAUCAUACAAGAGCUAUAUUAUCAUCUUUUGAAACGUUACUCAAGAUGGUUUUCAAAUAAGAAUGAAUUAUGAAUAUUGGCCCUAAAACAAGCAUUAAGGAAUACUCUCUAUUCCAGCGACUAAAAAAAAUUUUUUUAAUAAUAAAAAGUGUGAUCUUUUUGGAGAUUUAUACAUCUUUUUACUCAUGUUUUCUUCUAAUAUUCAAUAUCAAGAUAUCUUCUAUUAUUUUUGAAUAUCUGUAUAAUGAGUAUUGAAUAUUCGAUUUCUUGCAAAUAUAGAGAUUUCCGUGUUUGAAAGAACAACUCAAUAAUAUAAUAUUUCUUAUAAUAUAAUUGUCAGAAAUGUAAAAAAAAAUCUACUUUCAUUGUAUGGAAUGUAUUUGGAAUAUUAAAUUUAAUUUUAUUAGAAAAUAAAAA